AUGAAAAAUUUGUUGACUCAUGGAGAAGAUAAUAGUUUGCUUUUGUUAGGAUGUAUUCGGACAUUGGGUAAUUUACAAAAUGAAAUAUAUCGUUAUGUUCAAAAUAUUGUCGAUCCAAAUAGUCAACGAGAAAAAUUAAAAACUAAACCAAUACGAAUACAAGAUAUUAGACCAGAACAUCUGUUAAAAUUAAACGAAUCAAUUAUUAGUACAAAAUUUCAUGAAGAUGCUGUUGUUCCGAAUUAUGAAUAUGGAAAAAGUAAAGAUAUACUCUAUGAUUUUGAAGAAAUUGAAAUAAUGUUAAAGAAUAAAGUUGGUGAAAUAUGUGAAUUAGAUUUAGAUACAAUGACCUAUUUUAAUUAUCAAUUUGAAUUAUAUAAUCAAGAAGCAUCGUUGAUUAACAAUAUACGACGACGAAUAAAACAAGUGAAAUUAUCAAAUGACGAUAAAAGAAAUUAUUCUAUUAUUUUGUCUGAAAUGGAAAAUGAUGAACUAUGUAAUUAUCUUGGAUCAUUGGAUUAUGUAUUUACUUAUUUAACCAAGAUUGUAACAGAAAAUGGAUUAAAAACAAUACAAAAAUUUGUUCAACAAACCAUACCCUAUAGUUCAACUUUAGAUUCGAAUGUUAUUCGAGAAAAAUCAUUUUGUAAUGUACAAUUAAAAUACAUAAUCAGUCUAUAUGAAUUAAUUGAACAAAUUGUGUUUGAUAAAGUUAUAAAAAAUCAUUUGGCACAAAUAUUAAGUAAAGAAACAUUUACGGAUGAAGAAAGGGUUUUUGUUGUUAAACAGUUUUUACAAGCAACAAUUCAAAAUGAACGGGUACCAGAAGCUAUCCAAGAUCCCGGUAUAUGGAUUAUUGUAAUGAAACGACUUAUUGUACGUGUAACAGCCACUAACGCACAUUUAGAUGUUCCAUUACAGCUGUAUAUACAGCGAACAGAUUUCUGGAAUGAGGAUAUAUUAGAGUCAGAUUUAGAAACAAUUAAUAUUAACGAAAAGGUCGAAUUAAAGGAUAUGAAUAGUCUAAUAACAAUGUCUAACAAUCAAAAACAACAACAAUCGGGAGGUGUUUGGGAAUCACAUUCAUCAUCAAGUAAAACAACGAAAGUUGAUAAUCAGCCAUCUCAAACAGUUGGUAGCGAAGCGGAUGCAAAAGGCAUAAUCGAUCAAGGAAAAACGAUCGUUACAGAUUCACAAAAGGUUGGUUUUACGGAUAAAGGACAUCCUGGUACAUUAGAAUAUUCGAAACAGUAG